CAGGCGAGCGCGCCGGCCAACUUGCAGCGCGACGACUCGUCCCUCCUGCGGAGCAAGAGGGUGGUGCCCGGUGCCGUGGUGGGCGAUGUCGGUUGCGCCGCGGACGACGACUUUGCGCGCGGAAGACUUCGAAAAUGUGAGUUUUUCUUUUCUUUUUCUUUUUUUAACGGUGGGAGUAUAGCACUAGCUGUUGCGUGUGUCACAGGCCCAGCGGCAAGCUAUAGAUAGCCGGAGUUGCAUCCAUAUCUAGAGCACCCAAGUGCAAGUUUUGUGUUCUGUACGAGACAACUUGCCCUUCUUCUGGUCCUCUCAGGUCUCAGCAGUUAUGCUUACACACUUUAUAGAAGGACAGUAGGAGAUAAAUGGAUGACAAGGAGAACACGUUAGAGCAUGCAAGAGUGAUGCCCGUGGACCUUACAUACAAAAAGUUAGAAGAAAUUACAAAUGGUUUCUCUGAGGAGCACAAAGUUGGCAGUGGUGGGUAUGGAGUUGUUUACAAGGGAGUACUGGAAAAUAACACAGAGAUUGCUAUCAAGAAGCUACAUCAAAUGGUAGGACUGGACGAUGUGCAAUUUAAGAAAGAAUUUAAUAACCUUAUGAGGGUCCAGCAUAAGAAUAUUAUAGGGUUAGUUGGAUACUGCUAUGAAAUACGACACAAACAUAUCAAGGUGGAUGGAGAUUACCAUUUUUCUAGAAUGGAAGAAAGAGCACUUUGCUUCGAAUAUUUGCACCGUGGAAGCCUUGACAAGUAUCUUUCUGGUAUGACAUGCAUACUUCUCAAUCUACAUGGACUAUACAUGUACUAUUUUGUAGAUGAAACAUGUGGACUUGAUUGGCACACACGUUACAAAAUAAUCAAGGGGAUUUGUGAGGGUUUAGAUUACCUUCACAAUGGUCGUCCAGAAGAUCAAAUUGUUCAUUUGGACUUGAAACCUGCUAAUAUAUUACUGGAUGAGAACAAAAUGCCAAAAAUUGCUGAUUUCGGUUUGUCAAGACUCUUUGGUUCAACACAAACUUUUACGACAAGAACUUUUAUUGGAACAGUUGGGUACAUGCCGCCAGAAUACAUUGAGAGACGCCAUAUCUCAAUGAAGUUUGAUGUAUUCAGUUUGGGUGUUAUAAUCAUAGAGAUAAUGGCAGGACAAUCGGGCCGUUCUACAAGUGCUGAAAUGUCUCCCCAACAAUUUAUUGAUACUGUACAAGAGAAAUGGAAAAAGAGGAUGCAGGAAAUUUCGAGUCAUACAUCAUCACAUGAGGCAGAUAGCCUAGAAGUCAAGACAUGCAUCGAAAUAGCUGUAAGGUGUGUAGAACCCGACCGAAAGAAAAGGCCUACUCUGAGGGAGAUUAUUGAUAAACUGAACGAGUUAGAAAAUGUGAGGAAGGCACUUAUAGGCCAGAGCUCAGCUGGGUGUAAAUCGGAGCGCCUUGUGAUCGACCCUCUGGAGGUGCGCUUCCCAUUUGAGAAGGACAGGGAUGUAUCCUGCGUGCUGCAGCUGACGAACAGGUCCGCCGAUCGCGUGGCGUUCGCCGUGCAGGUGGACGAGUCCAAGUACCGCGCGGUGCCGGACAGGGGCGUCGUGCAGCCGCGGUCCAGGCGGUACAUCGUCGCGACGUCGCGAGCGCAGGCGAGCGCGCCGACCAACUUGCAGCGCGACGACUCGUUCCUCCUGCGGAGCAAGAGGGUGGAGGGCAGCGCCGACGACGACUUUGCGGAAGACUUCGAAAAGCUGAUGGGCAAGGCGGUGGAUGGGGAGACGAUGAGGCUGCCGGUUGUCUAUAUCGCACUGCCUCUACCUCCUAGCAGUUAAGCGAUUUAUACGCAGCUGUCUGUCCUCAUGUAUCAGAGAUCCGCUAGCUAGUCCGAAUAAUGUCCGAUCCGUCGACAUUUGCGUCUUAACAGCCUCGUGAUUUAUAUAUAUGACUUUUGUGAAACUAGGAAGAUAGCCCACGCAUAUGUGCGGGCAUUUGUUUAAUGUGUUUAUGUGCAGUUGGUUUUUUUAUUGAAAUAUCAUUUAUACUCUAUUCAAAUUUA